AUGUCAAGCGCGAAAGGUACAGAUAAGGUUCUUGACAAACUUAACACUUCCGUUGAGGAAGGAAAAUAUUAUGAAGCCCAUCAAAUGUAUCGUACUGUCUGUAGACGAUACAUUAAACAAAAAAAGUAUAAAAGUGCAAUUGAUCUUUUAUUUUCAGGUGCACAAACCUUACUUAAUCAUAAGCAAACCGGCAGUGGUACGGAUUUAUCCUUGUAUUUAAUUGACGCGUAUAAUGAAGAAAAAAUGCCAGUUACGGACGAAUCAAGAGCUCGGAUAAUUCAACUAUUGGAACUUUUCCCAGCCGAAGAGCCUGGCCGAAAAAGAUUUAUCGAUGCAUCGAUCAACGAAAAUCCUGCGGGGGAUUCGGAAUUACAUCAUUAUGUUGGAAAAUUAUUGUACAAAGAUCAUUUAUAUUCCGACGCCGAACCACAUUUUCUUGCCGGUACUUCGGAAAGUAGUAAAGUAUAUGGAAAGAUGUUGGUUGAAUGGUCAGGCAAAGAUCAUCCAUCAAAGAGAGGAGCUUAUAUAGCUCGUGCAGUUUUGCAGUACUUAUGUCUUAGGAACAUUCGUGAUGCAAAGAAUUCAUUUGAUUCUUUUAUCGCGGAACUCAUGGAGAAAGAUCCAAGUAUAAAAUCGGGGACCGUACCAUAUCGACCAACAAUAACCGGAGAUCCUAUUGAAGUGGGACUUUACACUAUACCUUUAUUGAACUUUUUGCAGUUUUUGAUUUUAACGAUUCAAAGAGAUGCAUCAGAUCUCUUUACCGAGUUAAGGAAUAAAUAUAAAAGUGCCUUAUCAAUUGAACCUUCCUUUGAUGAAUUGUUAAAUAAGAUUGGAGAAAUAUUCUUUAAUUUAAGGGUACAACGACCACAACAAUUCAAUAUAUUCCAAGAUCUUAUGAGUAGUUUAUUUACUCCACCAAGUGCUGGAUCAUCGUCUGGAGGAUCUCAACCUAGAAUUAAUUCACUAGAUUAA